AGUGAAAGAAGAGAGUCAAGCUGAAGUGGAUGAGAAACAUCAGAUUGUAAAAAUAAACCAUAAUGUUUCACAGAAGUCAUAAAGUGUGAAAAUAGUUUCAGUGAAGAUGAACGCCCUGCAGAUCGCAAGAGGACUCACAGUGAGGAGAAACCUUUCACAUGUCAACAGUGUGGAAAAAGUUUUAGAAGGAAAGAUCACCUUAAAACACACAUGAGGAUUCACACCGAAAAGAAAAGACACCCAUGCCAUCAGUGUGGAAAGAGUUUUACAACUGCAGGUGAACUUAAGAUACACAUGAGGUCUCACACUGGAGAGAAACCUUUCACUUGUCAACAAUGCGGAAAGAGUUUCUCUAUUGAAAGUAACCUUAAGAUACACACAAGGAUUCACACCGGAGAGAAACCGUUCACAUGCCAUGAGUGUGAAAAAUGUUUCAGAAUUAAAUGUAGCCUUAUAGCACACAUGAAAAUUCACAAAGGAGAGAAACCUCACGUGUGUUUUCAUUGUGGAAAAAGUUUCGGUGAUAAACGUGGACUUGAGACUCACAUGAGAAUUCACACUGGGGAGAAACCUUUCAGAUGUCAACAGUGUGGAAAGAGUUUCACCUUUCAAUCAGGCCUUUGCCGGCACAAGAAAGCUCACAGUGGGGAAAUGUCAUAUGCACGCCAGCAUUGUGAAAAGAGUUUCCCAGAUAAAAGUCAACUUAAGAUGCACAUUAGACUUCACACUGGAGAGAAACCUUACACUUGUCUUCAGUGUGGAAAGAGUUUCACUUUUAAAUCAAGCCUUAGCCGGCACAUGAAAGCUCACAAGGGGGAAAAGCCAAACGCAUGCCGUCACUGUGACAAAAGUUUCCGAGAUACAACUCAACUUAAGCUACACAUUAGGUCUCAUACUGGAGAGAAACCUUACACUUGUCUUCAGUGUGGAAAGAAUUUCAGAACAAAACCUAAGCUUAAAGCACACAUGAGGGUUCACACCGAAAAGAAAAGACACCCAUGCCAUCACUGUGAAAAGAGUUUUACAGCUGCAGUUAACCUAAAAAUACACAUGAGGUCUCACACUGGAGAGAAACCUUACACUUGUCAUCAAUGUGGAAAGAGUUUCUCCGUUGAAAGUAACCUUAAGAUACACACAAGGAUUCACACCGGAGAAAAACCGUUCAAAUGCCAUGAGUGUAAGAAAUGUUUCAGAAUUAAAUGUAGCCUUAUAACACACAUGAAAAUUCACACUGGAGAGAAACCUUACACUUGUCAACAGUGUGGAAAGAGUUUCUCUAUUGAAAGUAACCUUAAGAUACACACAAGGAUUCACACCGGAGAGAAACCGUUCAAAUGCCAUGAGUGUAAAAAAUGUUUCAGAAUUAAAUGUAGCCUUAUAAAACACAUGAAAAUUCACAAAGGAGAGAAACCUCACGUGUGUUUUCAGUGUGGAAAGAGUUUCAGUGAUAAACGUGGACUUGAAAUUCACAUGAGGAUUCACACUGGAGAGAAACCUUUCAGAUGUCAACAGUGUGGAAAGAAUUUCACCUUUCAAUCAGGUCUUAGUCGGCACAAGAAAGCUCACAGGGGGGAAAUGUUAUAUGCAUGCCAGCAUUGUGAAAAGAGUUUCCGAGACAAAAGUCAACUUAAGAUACACAUUAGAGUUCACAAUGGAGAUAAACCUUACACGUGUCUUCAGUGUGGAAAGAGUUUCAGAACAAAAUAUAACCUUAAAGCACACAUGAGGAUUCACACCGGAGAGAAACCACACGUGUGUCAUCACUGUGAAAAAAGUUUUACAACUUCAUGUAAACUUAAGAUACACAUGAGGUCUCACACUGGAGAGAAACCUUACACUUGUCAUCUGUGUGGAAAGAGUUUCUCUAUUGAAAGUAACCUUAAGAAACAUGAAAGAAUUCACACUGGAGAGAAACCGUUCACAUGCCAUGAGUGUGAAAAAUGUUUCAGAAUUAAAUGUAGCCUUAUAACACACAUGAAAAUUCACACAGGAGUGAAACCAUACGUGUGUUUUCAGUGUGGAAAGAGUUUCAGUGAUAAACGUGGACUUGAGACUCACAUGAGAAGUCACACUGGAGUGAAACCCUACAUAUGUUUUUAGUGUUAAAGGAGUUACACAAGUGAAGUUGCUCUUAAGAAACACAUGACAAAUCACACCGCAGAAAAAACGUUCACAUGUCAUCACUGUGGAAAGAGUUUUAUAAUUUUUUUUUACCUCAAUAGACACCUAAGAAUUCACACUGGAGAGAGGACCAAACGUGUGUCAACAGUGUGAAAAGAGAUUCAGGUCAAAAUCUCAACUUAAUGCACAUUUGAUCACUCACACUAAAGAGAAACCGUUCACAUGUCAUGAGUGUAAGAAGAGUUUCAAAAUGAAAGCUGCCCUUAAAAACAAGAUUUCACACUUUAUAGAAACCAUUCAUGUGUCAACUGUGUGGAUAUAGCAAAAACAUUUGGAAUUCAGCUGCAAAAUUGUACCCUUGUGAUUUGUACCUUAAGGGACCAGUUUUGUACCUCUGGUGAUAAUUUUGUACCCUUAUUUAAAAUAAAUAAGGACCCUUCAAAAAUUGUACAAAAUUGGCUUUGACAAGGUACAUUCAAAUGGUUUUAAAACUUAUACAUAUAUCUCAAUCUAAGUACUGUAAACUUUAAAUUAUAAGUGCAUAUGACUCAAUGUGUUUGUGUUAGUUUAAAAAAUGAUAAGAGAAAAGAUAAAAUACACAGUUUAUUGAACAAUUAUUUAUUUUACAAAAGGUUUAAAUAUAAAACAGAAGUGUGCUGUUCAGUCCAAAUUCACAACAUUAAAAACUAAUAUUACAUUUACACUUUACUUAUGAAAUAUAUCAACCAUUCCUCUAUGACUUUAACAGACUGUCCAAACAGGAAUAUUUUAAAACAAAAUCAGUGUGCUGUUCCUUAAACCAAACAACAUUUAAACAUUUUUAACAGGGCCACUUCUGUCCUUGCCAAGCUGUGAGAAAACACACAAAUAUAAAUUUUUUCACUGAUAAAACUGUGGUGUACUCACAUGAAUAGGUCCAUAUGGAGUAACAUUUCUUUAGUUUUUGUUGUGUUAAUGACGGGUGGUAGAGGAUAGUCAGUCAGCCUCCUUAAGGGUAAAGAUCGAAAACUGCUCUGGGCACGUUCAUACUUAUCUGUGAGAAAACACAAAAAUAUGAAUACAUUUUCCACAGAACUGUGGUAUACUCACAACAUAAAUAAAUAUGGUACCUUUAAAGUUUUUGCGUGUGAAUGAUGGUUGGUCAAGAACAGUCAGCCAGUCUCCUCAAUGGUAAAGAUCCAAACUUGUGCUGGAAACUUUUGUGCUAAACUGUGAGAAAAAACACAUGAAUAUGAAUUAAUUUUCCACUUAAAGAACUGUGGUGUACUCACACAACAUAAUAAAUGAAUGAAUAAAUGUGGUAACGUAACCUUUAAAAGGUUUCUGUGUAAAUGACUAUUUGGUGGCGAGUAGACAGUCAGUCAGUCACUCAAUCUCCCCACUCACUGAGAGAGAUUCAAACUUGCGCGGGAAAAGUUUGUGCUAAACUGUGAGAAAACACACAUAAAUAUGAAUUAAUUUUCCACUUACAGAACUGUGGUGUACUCACACAAUAUAAUAAAUGAAUGAAUUAACGUGGUAACGUUACCUUUAAAAGGUCUUGAAUGACUGUUUGGUUGAGAGCAGACAGACAGUCAGAUAUGAAUUAUUUUUCACUUACAGAACUGUGGUGUACUCACACAACAUAAUAAAUAAAUUAAAUAAAUGUGGUAACGUUACCUUUAAAAUGUUUCUGUGUAAAUAACUGUGGUGGCGAGUUUACAGUCAGUCAGUCAAUCUCCGCCCUGACUGAGAAAGAUUCAAACUUGCGCAGGAAACGUUUGCGCUAAACUGUGAGAAAACACACAAAUAUGAAUUUAAUUUUCCACUUACAGAACUGUGGUGUACUCAAACAACAUAAUAAAUAAAUUAAUAAAUGUGGUAACGUUACCUUAAAAAGGUUUCUGGGUAAAUGACUGUUUGGUAGAGAGUAACGUUAGACAGUCUGUCAGUUAACGUUAAUCUCCCCCGACUGACUGAGAGAGAUUCAAAUUUGCGCUGAAAACGUUUGUGCUAAAGUGUGAGAAAACACACAUAAAUAUACAUUAAUUUUCCGCUUACAGAACUGUGGUGUACUCAAACAACAUAAUAAAUAAAGAAAUGUGGUAACGUUACUUUAACAAGGUUUCUGGGUAAAUGACUGUUUGGUAGAGAGUAACGUUAGACAGUCUUGUCAGUUAAUCUCCCCCCUGACUGACUGAGAGAGAUGCAAACUAAACUGUGAGAAAACACACAUAAAUAUGAAUAAUUUUUCCACUUACAGUAACCGAAAUUUUAGACAAAUGACCAUAACCGAAUCAGUAUUAAAAUGAAGAGUCACGACAAGCAACACAUUUUUAAAGUUUCAAAAUGCUUUAAAGACGAUGAAGGAAUUUCCAGUGCUUACCUGUUAAUGCUCUUCAUGUCUGUUGUGUCGUCCUCCUGUUGCGCUGCUCUGUGAACUCGACUCCGACCGUGAGAUGUGGGGGGAUGGGCACGUGUCAAAAUAAAAGUGCGUUUCUUCUGGUGUGUGUGUGAGGGAUUAAGUUAUUCAGUAUUUAUUCAGUUUAAGUAAUGGUCCAUUAAUUGCAGUUUUUGAGUUCAUAUCACAGUUUUAUUAAGUGAAAUUAACUUUUUUUCAUUAAAAUUUAAAAGUAAACACACUGUCAAUGAACAGAAGAAAACUAACACUUCUUCAAGACCCAUGUGCCCAACUAAAGGAAACAAAAAUUGACACAGUGGUUAAUUACUUUAUUGACCAGAUUUACAGCAGUUGUCUAGAACAACAAAUAAAAAAAAUGGCAAGAGGCUGUCUCUUAACAUUGUACCGUAUCCUUUUAAAGAAAUUGUGCAAAUAUGUACCUUUUAAUGCUUGGAACAAAUAUGUACCUUUUUGACCCUCAAAAAGGUACAUACAUGUACCUUGAGGUCCAAUAAUGAGCCCUAUGGGGUACUUUUGUGUAGAUUGUACCUUGGGGGACAGAAAUGGACCCCUACUGUACCCCUAUUUCUGACAGUGUAUGACAUCAAGAUGAUCAGUGGGUGGUCAGCGUUGUACACUUGGGAAGCCUUAUUUUGGCAAGUCCUUCUGAAAUUUGCUGCUGUCUCAGUGCUUCAGUGUCUGAUGGUCAAACAUGAAAUGUUCCCUUUGGAUAUAUCUAACUGGCAUUGUUUGAUCUCAUCAAUUUACUUCUCUUUAUUAUUCAUUUGAAGUCUGUUAUUAUUGUUUUAACUAAGGUUAAAGUUAAGUUUAAUAUCUUAAAUCAUAUAUAUUUUCUAUAGAAUCUUAACACUGAUCACUGCCUUUGUACUUUAACCUUUUUUACUUGUGUUUACUUCAUGUUGUACAAACGUUUUGUACUUUUAAACGAAUAGUUUUGUUUUAUAUCAUAUUUAAUUUUGUAAUAAAUGUAUUAAUCAGCGUAUACAUGUUGCCUGAACCACAUAUUCAUAUUUUUUAUACAAAAACAAGCAAGGUUUUGGCAUUUAUAUAUUUUGUUUUAUACGGUUUACAAAUCUGAGAGCACGGAUUGUUAACUCGUGCGUACGGUUUAUUUACCCGAGAGCACGGUUUGUAAAACUGAGGGAACAGUUUAAUAAUCAGUGAGUAAGUUACGGUUUAUAAACUGAGGGGACGAAUUACAAAACCCUGAUCACGGAUUGUUUUGUUUUUCCAAGGGGUGACUAGAGGGGCUCGGUACCUAACUACGGAGCCCUGCUAGGGUCAGGUGUUGAAAAAUAAAAGUCGUUUGUAAACUGUUCCCUCGUAUUACUAAACCGUGCGCACGGAUUAAUAAACUGUGCCCUCAGUUUUACAAUCCGUGUGCACGGAUUACUAAACUGUGCACACGGAUUACUAAACUGUGCCCUCAGUUUUACAAUCAGUUUUUGCAAUCCGUACCCACGAAUUUAUAAACCGUGCGCACGCUUUUGCAAUCCGUUCUCACAGUUUUGCAUUGCCUACUGGAUUUGCUCCUCCCUCAUUUUAGAAAUCGCUUUGUUGCUUUAAUUCAUGCUUUCCAAGCUUGCUAUUAAUGUUUGAUAUUUUCGGAAAUUAAUAAAGUUUUAACUGUGUUAAGUUGUUUUAUAUGUUCCUAACUGGAAAUGUGCUUUACGUAAUAUUUACGAAAUGUUUUAAUUGGAUGCUACAGUAAACAGAUAGAUUUGUUAGUUAAAUACUUAUUAUCUUUAAAAUGUACAGAUGUUAUUUGGAUUUAUUCAUCAAAUAAAAGAAGUAUUUAACUAACAAAUUAUUUCUACAUAUCCUUAAAAUGUCUAUCAAUAUAUUUGAGAAUGCCACACUAUA